UCACCGCCCUCUCAUAAUGCAGCAUGGGCGAAAAUACCAGACCCAAGAGCUUCAGCUGAGGAAGGAGACCCUGCUAUUGUCAAGUAUUUCAACUGUUUGAACGAAAGUGAUGUUCCAACAAUGCCGAUAGUGGAUAAACUCAAGGAGGCAUUAAAACCUGGUCGAAAGGAGACAGGUGAUGAGGGUGACCUCAACAAACUAUUGGCUUCUUCUGCCAAGAAGGUCCUUUUGCAGAAAAUAGAGUUUGAGCCUGCCAGCAAGGGUUUCUCCUACCAGCUGGACAGCCUAAAGAACAAGUAUGUGAUCCUCAAUCCAAGGACUGAGGGUGCUACAGGGCAGAAGGCUACAGAGCCUGUCCAAAUAAAGAGGCAAGUCUCAGAGAAUGUGAUUGGGAGUCAGAGUGAUGGGAUCCCUGCCCCACAGAAGAUGCUCUUUCCAGGGAACAAACUUACCCUCAAAUGGGAGCGUGUGUACAGGGUGGGAGCCGGCCUCCACAACCUGGGAAACACCUGCUUCCUCAACUCCACAGUGCAGUGUCUCACUUACACCCCGCCACUUGCCAACUACUUACUCUCAAAGGAGCACAGCCGUACCUGUCACCAGUCAGGCUUUUGUAUGAUCUGUGUAAUGCAGAACCACAUCAUCCAAGCCUUCGCCAACACAGGCAAUGCCAUUAAGCCUGUCUCCUUCAUCAGAGACCUAAAAAAAAUUGCCAGACAUUUUCGCUUUGGGAGUCAAGAAGAUGCUCAUGAAUUUUUGCGGUACACCAUCGAUGCCAUGCAGAAAGCCUGUCUCAAUGGCUACCCAAAACUUGACAGGCAGACCCAGGCCACAACAUUGGUUCACCAGAUCUUUGGAGGUUACCUCAGGUCAAGAGUGAAAUGCUCUGUUUGUAAAAGUGUGUCAGACACAUAUGACCCUUACCUGGACAUUGCUGUUGAGAUACGGCAAGCAGCAAACAUUGUGCGAGCCCUGGAACUAUUUGUUAAACCAGAUGUAUUAAGUGGAGAGAAUGCUUACAUGUGUGCCAAGUGCAAAAAGAAAGUGCCGGCCACGAAGCGCUUCACAGUCCAUCGAACAUCUAACGUACUGACCCUUUCGCUGAAGAGGUUUGCCAACUUCAGUGGAGGAAAAAUAACAAAGGAUGUUGGUUAUCCAGAAUUUCUUAACAUCCGCCCCUACAUGUCUCAGAGCUCAGGAGAUCCUGUUAUGUAUGGCCUCUAUGCUGUUCUGGUGCAUUCUGGCUACAGUUGUCAUGCUGGUCACUACUACUGCUAUGUCAAGGCGAGCAAUGGACAAUGGUACCAGAUGAAUGAUUCAAUGGUGCACUCGAGUAACAUCAAAGUGGUCUUGAACCAGCAGGCUUAUGUGCUUUUCUACUUGAGGAUCCCUGAAACCAAGAAGAAUGCAGAUGGGCAGACUACCAAACAGGGCAUGCUGCAUUCUGGGAAGAUGAACAUGACAUCGGAACCAAUAAUAAGGGCCAACCUGAAUGGACCUCUCUCUUCUCCGCAGGUCACAAAGAAACUUGAGCCUGCACAGCUGCGUAAGAUCCAGUCUAUGGAUGGUGGUUUAGGUUUGCCCAUCUCCAGAAACGGUGUGAGCACUCAACCACAGCCCAGACUUUCCAACUGGACAGCAUCCUCCAACGGCCCACCGAAGCUGCCGGGCGGACCCACAGUUAUCGAGGAACCUUUCAAGAAGGUGAAGAAGCCCUCUCCCCAGAGCCAGGCACAGUCUCGCAGCAGCACUCCGACCCCUUCAAACAAUGGGGUCAGCAGGACAGAGGAGAACAAAAAGCAGGGUGGCGAGGGCAGAGGCAUGGCAGCAUCUACCUCAUUUAAGUCUUUGUCAGACUCUUCCUCUGCUGACACCACUGACUCGAAGGACUCCGUUGGUGCUAAAAGUGCACCAGUAGGAGAGACUCCCUCCACUCCUCGGAAAGGCUCCAAUGGCCUGGCAUCACCAGCCAGGAGCGUGGAGCGCUCUCAGAGCACAGAGGAACAGAAGACGGCAAAAAUAAAACCCCCAGCCCUCAACAACAUCACAUCUGAAGCCACCAGCACCAUGUCACCUCCACCUGCCAAGAAACUGGCCCUGUCGGCCAAGAAGGCUCGCAGCCGGAGUCUGAGCAGCAUUGAUGUACUGCCCCAUUUGCCAUGCCAGCUGUCCAGUGACCCCAUGAAUCAAAAUCAACUUAACUCCUUCACCUUUGCCUCACGUACUCAUGCUCACAGAGCUGGUCCAUUCCAUUCACCUAAAGUCCAGUCAUCACCUUUAGUCCACUCAAGAGGAUCAUUCAAACAGCAGAGCUCUCAGAAACAAUCCCUUCUCUCCACACUGCAAAAACCAAAUGCCAGCCUUUCUCUUAAAACCAACGGGCUUCACUGUCCUGGCCCAAAGAGUCCCAAGUCUUCCAGCAACCUUAAUUCUGUGGUCCAAGAACCAGAUCUCAGCAACCCUCCAGCUCAACUAAUCAACCAAAAGAAGAAGAAGAAAAAGAAGCGGCGGCAUUCUGAGGUGGAGCGUGAUGCAGAGCCAGUCGUAUCCCCAGCUCAGAUGAUACAAUCCAGCCCUUUGAAGUCAGCUAGUGAGAAGAAAAGCAAGAAGAAAAAGAAAAAGCGAAAGAGGGAGACUGAGGAUGGAGAGAAAAUGAAGGAGAGGGAGUUCGUCCCAUCUCAUUUGGACACAUCAAGCCAGGAGGAGGAUUGGUGUCAGGGUGGCAUAUGGAGUCUAACGUCUCAUUCUAAUGCAGAACAGUUGAAGCAGAAGCCUCAGCUAUCUAGCGCUACCCCAAUGCAAUGUGAGUCAAACCAAGAAGAACAGAAAAGGGACUCUGUGUCGAAGAAGAGGAAGAAGAAAAAGAAGAUGACUCAACUGGGAGAGGCUCUACAGGACACAAAUUCAGCAUGCUCUGCAUCAGAAAGCAAUUCUGACAUGAAGACCACAGGCAUUCAGAAUGAUACACAAGAUCAGAAAAUGUUGAGAAAGAAGUUUAAAAUGCAGAAAAAAAUGCUUAAAGAAGAGGUGCGACUGUGGGACGAGAGCAAGCAUCAUUUGCAUGCUGAGCCUGAAGCAGUUGAGACCCCUUCUAAAAAGGACACCACCGAGAGUAACAAAAUAAUCAAACAAAGUACAGCCACAGUGGUGGUGUGGGACAGCCAAGUGAGGGACGGCUACAAACGCAGUCAAGCGCCAGCAGCUGAUGGAAAGGCAUCAGGUGAUGCACCGACCCGUGCUGGUCCUGCAGCCUGGGACGGAAAAAAGUCAAGUGGUGUGGUGGAAGAGCUACUACGGAAUGCCACAGAUAAGGCCUAUGGAGCCAAUGUCCUCAGCUGGGAUGGUGAGUCCUCUGCUAUUAGUAGAGAUGCCAUUGAAGAUACUCGAGCUGCCAAGCAUGACACUGUGAUCGAUGAGUGGGAUGAAGACUUUGACAGGGGAAAGGUGAAAAAAACAAAGAACUGUAAAAGAACUAAGUGGCAAAGUGGCAGCAGCAUCUUCCAGAAAAUCCAGGACAGGCGGAACAAGUGGUCUGCAACACUCGGAGGAAAGAGAGUUUUUGGAGUCCGUCGCUGAGAGUCCAAUUGCUGCUGAGGUCUUGCUGACUGGAAAUUGAGACGACAAAACUGUAUACCAAACUUCUGUACCUUUUCUUUCUCUCUUUUAAUUUCUGUCCUUUGUUCGCUUCAGUUCCCUAAAUUUAGAACUAAGAUAUGUGCCAAAAGUAGCACAUGAGACUGCACUCAUAGCUGUCCCUUUGACUGUAAAUAGCAGGUUUAAAAUUACCAACAUUAAAUGUUGUCUUCACUGGCCAGUCGGGGUUCACAACUUACGACCCUUUUUAAUCCAAAUGCCACAGGGAGGGGCUGCAAUUUUUCUAUGCAUUCAGUAUUUAACAGAAAGCCUACACAUGUCCAUGUCACAUAAAUUACUUACUAUGUUGGCAUCCUUUGAGCCUUGGUUAUUGCCCAGAGAAUCUGCUCCUUUGAGAUGAAUAAAAUGCACCGUAUACGUAAAGGGUAAGCUGUAACUCUUUGGCUUUCAUGUGUUUAAAACUCUAUACAAUCUCAGAGCAUACUGUGCUGCUUUUGCAGACAUAAGGGCUCAGCAAGUUAGACAUUUUUUAACCCUUCUUCUGAAAUGAUUCUAUACCAAAUUACACAGAUCCAAAAUUGUUUAUUCAUUAAAAUUUAUAUAAUUUUAGUUUUCUUAAUAAUUGUCUUAUUUUAUACCUUUUGUUAAACGUAGUUUUAUUUUACUGCAGUGUCUGUCUCACAUGGCUUGUUUUAAAAAGGACCAAAUUUUGCCUGCAUGUUGUUGGUAAAAUUAUGGUUUGAAGUUAUAACAAUUUUCUAAAUAUGCAUGCAUAAAGUGGUUCAAAAGUAUUCACUGAGCUGAUUUCUCUUCAUACUGCAUUUUUGGUUAUGUGCCACUGAUUCUUUUCUCUUUUUGUUUUUGUGUUCCUUAACAGUUCAGCUAUUUGUGGAUGCAUUGGUAUUGGCGAACAACACAUUGGAUGCGAUCAGUUCUAUUACAUCUGAAUAAUUACGUGUACAUUCUCGUUUUCUGAUGGUUCAUGGUGCAAUGUGCAUUUGCAGAGUAGACAUUGGGGUUUCUGAAGGAACUCAGGCAGGAGCAGUUAUUUUCUACUGUGCAACUAUUUAACUAUGUAGCUCAUUUCAUCAGUUCUUUCAGAAUCACUCAUUCUGGGGAUUUGACCUUUCCAUUUUCUGUAACAAACUUGCCACAAACUGUUCUUCACCAAUGUACUGAAAUAAAAGGGUUCAAUUUUGUACUUCAGGCACUGUGUUAGAAUGGGACUGCCACAUAACAAUAACGUAUUUUCCCCUUGUAUCUUAUAUCUCUAUGCAAUUUUCUGAUGGUCAUGCUGGUCAUCUAGACACUGGGCUGAGACUCGGGUAACUCAGAGAGACUCAGACCUGUAUACCACUAUCAUCUCUGAUCAGACUCCCGUUUCAUGUCAGAGCAGUCCCCCUCCCCUCAGUCACCAUGUUGCAUCCUGUACAUCCUGUAGAAACUGUUUUAUACAAAGUAUUUCAGGUGUGGAAACCAUGGGAUCAUCUUGCACCAAUCUGGGCACAGAUGCAUAGAAAAACUAACGUUAUAACAAAAUGCUUUGCCAGUGUAGAACACUGUAUAGUCCAUGUUGUGCUACCUGUGUUUCCCUCCAAUGCUGUAAAGAUUUGCCCAUGCAUUUCUUUUCAUUCUAGAAAUGUUGCCUUGAAUUGGCUAUAAAAAGUAUAGGAAUUAAUGUUAUAAAUUUAUAAUUUAAAGAAGAAAAGACACAUAUCUUUAAUGUGCUACUAAUACUCAGAUUAGUUGGUGGUUGUUAACUUGAGAAUUUACCUGCAAAUGUGUUUGUUCAUUUGUGUUUAAGAGAGUUGUUUUCAUGCAAGACCUUCCCUAUGUCACUGUAGUGUGUACAGUACAAGAGAGGCUACGGCAAUCCAGUUUCCACCCGAUAUGUUUAUCGGUUGUAAAAUCGACGUGAGAGCCUCAAACUGACACAAAGGAAGAUUUAACAAAGUAAAUGGACAGUUCACAUGUUUGCAUUGAUGAUUCUAUAUUUUGCGCCACCUUUUCUGACCAGGUAAGAGACCUUUCAUAAUGAAAGUAGCUCUUACCACAUUAUAGUUAACUGAAAAGGUGCAAUAAAGUUGUGACUUUUGUGA